AUGUCUGAUGGAUCAAAGAGUGUGGCACAGGUUGUAAUCUCAAUAGAGACCGAGGCCGAGAUACAACAGAAGCAGAAACAGAACAUUGGCAAUGACAACACAACUUUCAAACUGAUAGACUUUAAGCAGUUUGCAUUCAAAAUGUGUCACAACUUUGUCAACUAUGUCAUGUCAUUCUCUGGCACUGCCAACACGCCCUCCAACUCUGUUCCCAUCGCCACAGUCGAUCGUUGGUACGAGAACUUCCAAAAGAAACUUCAAAACGAUGCAUUAUUCUGGAAAGAUUGA